GACUUAGCCAAAAAGAGAACAGCUUCUCCACCUUCACCAUCGGGCGGCCCCCCUUUUUUUCUCGCUUUCUUUCUUUCUCUCUUUUUGACGGAUGAUCCGAUUUCAGCGAUUACUAUUCUACCUACUGGUAGUGGUGUUAUUCUUUUUGGCCUCUUUUUCUCUUAUACCGCAGUUGCAACGGUCGUCACCUGCUCUCUCGGAUACAAAGAGCGACCCGGUAGUCACACGACAGGAAGAAGGUUACCUGUCAUGGUUUCCUCACGGAGAUUUUGCAGAGCAGCAAGAAGCUUUUCGAAAUGCUUUGCGGUUAGCUGUCGAAACCAAGCGCACCAUCAUCGCUCCCAUGUUACGUCUAGGCAACCCUUACGCCUGGCUCCCUUUCGAAGAUUUAGCCAAACGAUAUGAAGCUCAAGACAAGACAGUGUUGAAACAACUUUGCAGCAGGAAUCAAGAUGAUUGGCGGACCCAAAUGGAAAGCUGCGAAUCGUUGAAUGACUGGACCGAAAUUCCUUGGUCCUCCCUUUUCGACUUGAAGGUCUUUGAACGAGAAUUCCAGAUCAAGAUCAUCGAGCGCACAUCGGGGCACGGAUGGGGUGUUCGCGAAUCAGUUUUAGGCGGCAAUGUACCAAUCAACGAUGUGUUGGUGGUGGAUCCUAUGAGUUUUGACACCAAUGGCACCGAAUGGGAACAUGUGGAACCUGCCAUGGGUGGGUGGCAACAAUGGUUCACUCAACGCAAGCCGAAAACCCCCGUCAAAUUGACCGAACCGCUAAAGAAGGUCAUAUCGUCAUCUCAGCUAGUGCAUAUGAAUACUCGUCUGGUCCAGUUUGGGGCCUUGUCUUCGGCAGCGCGUUAUCAAACAAGAAACACAAAGACCCAGGUUGCGCUUCAUCGUGCCCUCACGAAACGAUUGCUCAUUGUACCGAAUCAAAUGACCGCACUAACGCUUCAAGCCAAACAGAUCACUGAUGCUUUGGGAGGUUCCUCUGGCUACAGCUCCUUGCACAUCAACAUGGCCAAACUGGUAGCUCUGGACAACCGAAGAAACAAAGACAAAACUGAAGAUGACAAUGUUCAGCAGCAGGAAGACGCAGCAAUCGAUCAGCAAGUUAAGGUCGAAUCGUCGCAGGGAGAGGAAAGUGAUGAGCAAGCUGUGAACGGCACCACCAGCAUGCGAUUGGAAGAUAUGGAUAAGAAUGCACGUUUGAGGAUGAUGGAUGGCGUUGUGCUUGAAAUUUUUGGCGACAUCCCCAUCAAUGUGGCCGUAUCAGCAGGCCUUCCUAUUCAGCCAUCCAAGCUGCAAGAUAUUGUGAGCACUGGAGAACUGCCCACCACCCCGAAAUCCCGAAGAGAGUUACUGGAUGCUUGCACAGAGUACCGUCGUACGAUUGAACUGCGUUAUCCCAUUUACUACCUAGUGAACGAUAUCGCCGAGUCACCAGAGACGCGCCCGGAUGUGUUUGGACCAUUGCUAAAGUUUUUCCCGUGUGUUUUUUCAAAAUCAGAUUUUCAGAAAUGGGGAAUCUUAGAUAUGUCCUUCGUCAAACGUCAAUCCGAACUUUUUGAUGGCGCCAAUCAUGCCAAACUACUGGAACCGAUUCUGGAUAUUUUAGUGGGAGGCCAUGCAUACUCAUUUUUCGAAAUACCACAAACACCGCUCACACGAUUCAUGUCCUGGCAGCCUAAACAGUAAACUUUUUCCUCCCAUCCUCCUCUCUUCAUUGCAUUACUGCUCUCUUCUGUAGAUAAAAAUAUAUUCACUUGCCCAAUUCAUCAUUGAUAAACAAAAGAAAAAUAUACUGAUCUGGUCGUUUUUAUCAUGUCGGGGUGCUUUGAGGCAGAGGUUUGCAUGGGUUGCCACACCAAUUCAUGCUUGCAAAUAAAACUCCGCUGCCAAUUCAUUUGAAAUAAUAACAGACAAGAAGUUGCCCGUUUGAGAAAAAGACAUCAGCCAUGUUAUUCGAGAUAAGGUAAGGGAGUUGGCUUGCAAGGAAACAUCAGCUACUUUUAUUUGCACAUGAAGCGCAUUUGGUUAUCAAUACGCAAUGACUCGAGAUGAUGUUUCAAAUGAUUCUAUUGUGCACU